AGCCCAGCUAUCCAAACACGUGCACUACUCGACGGCACUGCUUCCUGUACACUCGAAGGCCAUGCUCUUAUCCUAUCGCCAAACUCAGCAUAUUUCUGCAAUAAAGCUACUCCCACCAUGCUUGCAGAACUUCGCUUCGACAAUCUUCAUAAUAUGGCUUCAACAAAAUCCAGAGCACAACGCAAGAAGCCGCAAACGGUUUUGUUGAUGCCAAACAUUUUUGCUUCGGCUGCAAGAGCUCACCACCACAUGCAAGGUGCCGUACAUCCCCACCAUCAUGAGCACCAUGAACAUCAUCAUCACGCUGCUCAUCCUUACCACCCGCACCAUAGACACCAUGUGAGUUCAGAUUUACCAUUUUCUCCUUACUACAGUGCGACUAUCUCGUCGUAUUCUCCACCGCGACCAUACCGUUUCUACUCUGAAUACCUUCGCUUUCAGCUAGAGGAAGACGUCGAGGAGAUCGUCAAUCAAAUAAUGGAAGAAAUCGUCGUGGAGUCGCAGAAAGAACCAAAAGAGCCGCAGUUUGCUGCAUUAAAGGAGAAAGAGAAGAAGAAGAUCUGCAAAUACAGAAAGUCUUGUUAUGAAACGGGAGUAAAGCCCGUGAUCGACGACGAUUGGUUCUUCUAUCCCUCGCACUGGUGGCCCUCCAAAGAACAAGCGGCAGAGGAGACAGAAGGAGAAGAAGCUCAAAUUGAAGAAGGCGAAGAAGAUCUGCUAGAGAAAAAAUUCCGCUGUAAAUAUCGCUUGUCCUGUUAUCACGAAAAGGGUAUUCCUUUGACUGAAAGAGAAGCUGAAAAGGAAAGGAGAACAAUUCUUGCCAGCAAACAGAAGGUUCAACCUGGAAAGAAAAAGACUCUAAAGGAGAUUGCUGCCCAAACGCUUCAAGACGUGCAAGAGGCUGCAGAGAAAGCUGCAAGGCGUCCUGCUAUAAAAGUCGUUGAGACGAAAUUGACGGCUACACAGGAGAAACUGAAUGAGAAGCUCAACUGCAAAUACAGAAAGAGUUGCUAUGAGACUGGUCAGAAGCCAGUGAUAGAAGAAGGUUGGAAGCUGCCAAUUCCAAUCCAUAUUUUCACCACGGAAUCUGCAGAAACAGUCAGCAAGCAGAUCAACUACAGCGAGCUGAAAGAUUUGGAGAAGAAAGUCUUUUGUAAAUACAGAAAGAGCUGCUAUGAGACAGGCGUCAAACCUGAGAUCGAGCCUGAGAUUUUCAUACAGACGCUUAUCGAUCUUACUACGUUGCAUGAGCAAGUGGAAACUCGAAAGCUCACGCUGCAGGAAAAGUGCAAGUACCGAAAGUCGUGCUACGAGACCGGUAUUAUUCCCGAGAUUAAUCCAAAGUUGGAGGCGGUGAUCCAGAAGGAGGUCAGCGAA